UUCAAUUAGCGCCAGUCUGUUGCGCGCUUCAGAGAACUCGUAGCGAGACCUCGUGGAGGAUCGAACCCUAGCCUAGCCUGCACUGAGGCCAAACGGUGUCGUCCUUCCAAUAUCCUGGUUCGAAAAAGCAUGAUACCAACCUAGAUCUGUCUAUUGUGAUAAGAGUUGUGCAGUAUUGUGGAUAUAAGUGUCCGUUUAAGGUUCAAAAAUGAGAUCGCGAAAUUUAGUUUGGACCGUUGUGGGGUUGGUCAGUGUGAUAGUAUGUGUAGCAUCGAAGCAAUCCUGCAGGACCAACAACAUUAGCGAAACCCAACUUGAAGCACCUAAACCAAAUAAAAGUCCACCAGAAAUAGACCACGAUGAUGCAAGGAUAUCUCGCAGCGAACAGGAUACAAACAUUACCUUAGAGUGGGAUUACAUCGGACCCGCGAACGAAACAUCCACCCUUACGAGCGACGACCUUGUGGAGUACAUUUUCUUCAACACAACGCCUAAUAUAGAUAACCUGCUUGGAUCCUCCGCGAAAGAGUCGGAUACCAUCAGAAAGCUAAGUGAUCGAUUUUUUAACUUUACAAACGUUUUCGAUCCGGCAUGUAGCGCGAAAGUCUCAACGAAAUGUCGACAACAUGCUGCACUCUACUUGAAUGCAUUGAAAAACUUCGAACUUUGGGCCUUACAGAUGUAUGAUUCCUCCGCCCAUUUUACUUCUGGAAUACUUAACGGAAAUGUUAACCAGUUUGGCGACUUCGACCAAUGUUUAAACGUACAAGGUCCUUUAGAGGAUUUUAAAGGACAAUAUUGUUUAGCAUAUUUACAACCUGAGGUACCACCACAAUAUCGACGAUUGAAAAAAAUUCAUAAUUUAGUUCAGUCUCAUAACGCUUUCAUCAGUGACUUCCAUGAUCCUGGCCAUAGAAUUCCCCGAUUCUCAAUUAUUAACUGGGCAAUAUGCGCUCCCGCAUCCUGUUCACCGGCAGAUCUAGAAUAUUCCUUGAAGGAGUUCAUUGAAAACAUAACGACAGGUUCAGAAAUAAGUGUGCAGGUCCGGGUAGACCCUCAGAUGUGCCAGCUAAAAGACUCCCCAGUGGAUAGUGGAACCAGAAAAGCAGUAAUUUUCUUUAUUGCGAUCCUAUCAAUUUGCUGCAUCUCAACAAUAUACGAUAUGUUCUCAUCAGAGACUCGUCAAAACGAGUGGUUCGUGGCAUUUUCACUUCGUAAGAACUGGCGAUGGCUUUUCAGCGUGGAAGAUAAUCCAAACGACAUCAAAACAGUUCAUGGAAUACGCUUUCUCAACGCAAUGAUGUUACUAUUUUCGCAUAAGUCAAUGGCUGUCUUCUUCAACCCCUAUAUAAAUCGUACGCAAUUAUCGGAGAACCUAGGCAAACCGUGGACAGUGAUUGGAAGAGCUGCAUCACUCUAUACGGAUCCUUUCCUACUGUUUAGUGGAAUGCUCACCGCAUAUUCGUUGAUUGGACGCUUGCAGAAAGGGCGACCUGUAAAUCUGAAGAGUGAAUACGUAGGAAGGAUGUUGCGGAUAGUUCCAACUCUCAGUGCCCUGAUAAUAUUUUGCACCUACAUACUUCCCAAUAUGGGAUCAGGACCACAGUGGAAUUUGGUUGUGGGACACCAUUCUGAUCUAUGCAAAAAAUAUUGGUGGAGAAAUUUAUUAUUCAUCCAUAACUACUUUGGAUUUAACAAUAUGUGUCUUACUCACACUCACCACGUGGGCAUUGAUUCUCAACUCUUUGUAUUGGCUCCAGCUGCUAUUGUAGGACUUUGGAAACGACCGCGAUUCACCUUCAUUGUCCUAGCAUUCCUGAUAUCUGCAACCACCGCUGCUCGGUUUUAUACGACGGUUGUAAACGAACUGUCAAAUUAUGUGUACUUUGGUGCGACGGUGCAAAGGCUGUUCAAGACAGCUGACUAUAUGUACACUUUGCCGCUGCAUAGAUCAUCCGUUUACAUGCUAGGGAUACUGUUGGGGUAUACUCUACGGAAAUGGAGGCAUAUAAAGCUGAGCCCGAAUCAAUUGCGAGUGGGAUGGUUCCUCUCCACCAUAUGUUUCUUCGGAACCAUAUUUGGUCCUGCUCCAAUGGGGGAUAUAACCUACACUUAUGAUCCACUUCAUGCUGGGUACUAUGCUGCCUUUGCCCCAAUUACGUGGUGUUUAAUCUUCAUGUGGAUGGUAUUUACAUCGCACAUUGGAUAUGGAAGUAAAAUAUGUCGAAUGCUUUCAUGGCCAGGUUUCCAAGUUGCUACGAAGCUCUCAUAUGCCAUAUACUUAACGCAAUUCCCCGUGUUCUUUUACAACGUCGGACGCAGAAGACAUGCAGACUUCUACAACUUUUUCGAAAUUAUGCUCAACACGAAUGAGUAUUUCUGCAUUUUUGUGGCAUCCGUUGUACUCACUUUAUUGUUCGAUGCACCGUUCAAAAAUAUCAAAGCCAUUUUAUUUAAGAACGAGGGAGCUUUAAGGAAAGAAAAGGAACAUCACGUUAAGAAUGGGGAAGCACUUAAAAUGGAUUAGAGAAUAGUCUGGUUUUUGUAACUUUAUUUAAUUCUUAAGGAAAUAUAUGUAGUCUUUUAUAAGUAAA